AACUAAGUCAACAAAGAGGUAUCAUACAAGGAUGUUUAGCACGAAUGUGGACAAUAGUCGUGAGCAUGGAUUGAAAAAGACUCCAUUGUCUGUUCUUGAUCAACGGAAACAGCACAAAACAAAGAUGCAAAAGACAUUUCAACAGUUCAGCCAGCAGAGUAGAAGAAACGCUGCUGCUGCUGCUGCAGCAGAACAACAAGGGUUUUACCAACUACAAGAAGGGUUCUCUUCGCACGAGAUGAUGGCUCCGCCGAGAACACAGUCGAUACAAUCUUCACCUUAUCGUGCACAGUCGUUUGUCUCGAACAGGUCCUCGGACCAUUUCUUACCCCCACAGCCUCCAAUCCCGCAGUCAAUGUCUCCGAACGGCCCACUAUUACAACAGGGAGAUUGGUUAAUUGAACCAAGGUCGUCGAAGGGGUCCUUUGUCACUGAUAAUACCGGAUACAACUAUGGCACCCAAUCCACUAGGAUGAGCCCCGGCAGUUGGGUUGACGAGAACAGUGCCCUUAGAGAACACAUUGAGAGACUACUUGUAUUAGAAGAGGAAAAUGCACAGCUACGGGAGAUGAAUAUACAGCUUAGAGAGGAUAACAAUUUGUUGUUGGGACAUAUUCAAGAGCAAUCCCAAUCGCAAAAGCAACAGAAUUCUUCAAUGAGAAAAGAUGAAUCCGAAGAAUUGAAGCAACUUAGAGAACAAGUGGAACUACAAGAUGCUGAGCUGAGAAAGCUUUCUCAGAACAAGGCAGAGCUUGAAGCCCAGGUGGCACAUUUGAGCGAAAAUGUUACAAAGUUGAAACUCGUCUCAAAGACUUCACAGGAUAAGAAGGAUAAAGUGAUUGAGAGUUUGAGAGAGGAUGUACAGACCUUGGAGAAGGAGCUCGAUACGCUAAUGAAUUCACAAGUUUCUACAACCAGGGACACGUCGCCAAUGGCAUCACCAUUAUCCUCGUCGGAAAAUGUUAUAAAGACACCACCGACGGUGUGUACAGAGCAGUUUACCUCAUCGUUCCAGUCGGGCAAGAAAGAUUUGAAGAAUCAGAUGCAAAUGACGAUGAACGAAGAUCUGGUCCAGGAUCUGUUGCAUACGAUAAGAUCUCUGAGACAGGAUAGAGAUCUACUACAGCAGGAGAACAUAUGGCUAUGCAAGAGCAGCGAAAAGGAUAAACGUCUCCUCAAGGCGUUGGCCAAUGCAAAGAACCACAAGGUUAAGAUACGGAAGGGUUUGACCAUUGUCUCACACGUUGACACUCUUAUAUAGUACUAAUGAACUUUCUUGUUGUUUUUAUUGUUACGAAUUAUACACACUGACCAAUCUAAUGCAAAUCACUUUUGAGU